UUUACUUGACUGCUGAAGUGGUGGCUGCUUAUGAUACAGCUACAGCGAACGUGUUUGUGAGUUUGGUUCUGUACACUGUACAGUUUUGGUGUAAGCAAUAAUAAUAUAAACAUACGCGUUUGAAACACAUAUUAUUCAAUUAAUUCUUCUUACACGUUUCGUCGGCGCGUGGAAACCGUGCCAUGGACAGCAUCGUAGAGCACGUUUAUGCGGAACCGAGCAUACCACCAGUAAUCGCAAUUACGGAAGUGGGCCAUUUGAAUUCAUCAACACUUUUAGAUUGCGGUAUGGCAAUUGAGAAUACAUCUAAUAGACCCAUAUUAAAAAUAUUCAAUCAACAUGGUGGUACAGUUGAAGAAGAAGAUCCUAGUAGAAAGGAUAAUGGAAAAAAAUACUUAAUUUUGAGAAAUAAAAAAACAAAUAAGGUUUUAGUUUAUGGUACCAAAGUAACUUAUCUUAAAAAGCCAGAUUACUUUAAAAUGAAAACGUUUGAAGAUCAGACAUUGGCUGAUAAAAAUCAAGAAUUUAAUUUAGUAUUUGGAACUAAAAAGUCAUCACGAAUUUCAAAGUCCAAGGUUAAUAAUACUGUUGAUGUUCCAACAGAUGUCUUUGAAAACAUUUCUUUUUCUUCGGAUGCAUUGCAACCAUCAUUUUCUCAGACUAACGAAUUUUUAGUAUAUUUACCAUUGGGAUGUAAUCGUUUUUCUAAUAAAUUAGAAACAAUUUAUCCAGUUUCUACAUUAUUGCUCGAUAAUGAAAUAGACUUAAUGACCGAUUAUGCUAAAGAAGUAAUAAGUAUGUUACCGAUUACUAGUGACAAUGAGGAUUUAUCAUCAUUUUUCAUAACAAAUUUGAAUAGACUAUCUCAUAAAAAUAUUCAAAAUAUCUGUCUCCUUACCUUUGCUGAUGGACUGAUAGAAUUGUUAAGAGCAAAAUCAGCCGAGUUGAAUUUUAGGAAUAUUGAAAUUUACCCAAAUUCAGAAGUAAUAAAUGAUAAGGUUUUAGAUAAUUUUGUCGAAUACAGUGUAACUGGCAGAGAUUUGACAUCUAAGAUGAAGGAUAAAGCUGUGUGUCAUAUAAUUAUAAUUAUGAUGCUAAUCAACAUGUAUUCAUUUGACUUAAGUUGGAUAUCAUCAUUUCUUCCAUCAAGUAGCCAAAAGAGAUUGACAUUGCUGAUGAAGGUAGUAGGAGCAUCACUAAUGAAAGAUAAUCCAACCAAGUACACACUAAAAAUUCCAUUAGUAACUCUACCCGCAUUUCAAAAACUAUCAAAAAAAAGUCGUUAAUAAGCAACUAAAUUUGAAUUUGAAUUUAUACUUGUUAGUUAUUGGCAAGUGCUUAUGUUGUUUUUAAUAAAAAAAAAACAAACUAAUUUUAACUUA